AUGAGGAGCUCGGUUGCGAUUACGGGGAAGAGACUUCUUCAUCGGCAUACCCGGGUGAUUACAGGUUCGGCUCCUGCUGCUCUUUGCGGUUUUUGUUGCUCGGGACGAGCUUUUUCUGGUCAUAGUUAUGAUUACAGAGAGAGAUUGAGCAAAACUCGGCUGAGUGAUUUAAAGUUAGAUGAUGCUGUUGAGUUGUUCAGUGUUAUGGUACAGUCUCGUCCCUUUCCUUCCAUUGUUGAUUUCAGUAAACUGUUGAGUGCUAUUGCUAAGAUGAAGAGGUUUGAUGUUGUCAUCUCUCUUGGUGAGCAGAUGCAGAAUUUGGGAAUUUCACAUAAUCUCUACAGUUACAGCAUUUUGAUUAAUGGACUCUGUAAGACUGGUGAUAUUGAUUUGGCUUUAACUCUGCUCAAGAAGAUGGAGAAUGGGAAAAUAGAGGCUGAUGUUGUAAUCUACAGCACAAUCAUUGAUAGUCUUUGCAAAUACAAACAUUUGGAUGAUGCUCUCAACCUGUUCAACGAAAUGGAGAUCAAAGGAAUUAGAGCCAAUGUUGUUACCUACAACUCCCUCAUAAGUUGCCUUUGUAAUUACGGACGAUGGAGUGAUGCCUCUCAACUACUCAGUGAUAUGAUCAAGAGGAAAAUCAACCCUGAUUUGGUCACUUUCAAUGCAUUGAUCGAUGCAUUUGGGAAGGAGGGAAAGCUUACAGAGGCUGAGAAAUUGUACGAGGAGAUGAUCAAAAGGUCAAUAGAUCCUAAUAUUUUCAUUUACAGUUCAUUAAUCAAUGGAUUUUGUAUGCAUGAUCGUCUAGAGGAGGCUAAGCAGAUGUUUUCUUUGAUGGUUAGCAAAAGCUGUAGAGGUGUAGAGGUUUAA